CUGGCCCCUUCGAGGGCGCUCCGCCCGCGGCCUCGCUCUCGGCUACUCCAGCCCCUCGCUCGUGCCUGAAGUAAAUGCCACCAAGAAAGCCCGGUCUCCUCCCGUCGAUGGCUUGCGGGAGCGAAUCACAGCCCCUCUGGAGAAAGCCGCCGACGCCGCCGCCGCCGCCGCCGCCUCGUUCGCCGCAGCUCUGGGCUCCGGGCGGAGCUCGGGCGUCGCGGGCCGAGGGCGGGGGGCGGCGAGAAGACGGACGUAGGUGGCCGAGGAAGGGGGUGGGCAGCCGAGCUUGCGAAACACCCCGAGCCCCUCCGGGAAGCACCUCCAGCGGUUCCGAGCAGACCAGACACAAAGGGGGGAGUCGCCGCAGCUGCCAGUCUGAGGCGCUCCCGGUCACCGGAGUCGCCCCGCCUCCGCCGCCGCCUCCUCUCAGUCUCGGGCUCUCCAGCCGACCCCUGUCUGGCUCGGGCCUGUGGUGCAGCGCGGGCGGCGGCGGCGGCGGCGGCGGCGGCGCCCCAGAGCCGCACUGCGCCUGCGCGCCCGCGGCCCCGCCCGGCCCCGCCCCUCACUCCCAGGCUUGCUGGAGAGCGAGGCCCUCGCGCGGCGUCUCUGGCCGGGGCGCCCGGGGCAGGGAGGGGCUGUCUUGGGGUGGGCAGCCUGGGUCCCUUUCCUCACACACGCGAACGUCCCGCACGUGGACGCCGUGCGAUCUGUGCAAGCGUGUAAGGGGAGGGCGGCCACAAUCUUUUGUUUAACGUAGGAAAAGGCUACCCGGGAAGGUGGGCGAGAAGCCUCGAAGGCACGCCGCCGUUGUUGGUGGCGGCGGGCGCAUCCUCCUCGGUUUCCCUGAGAAUCCCGACCGAGCCGCCCUUCCCUGAAGCCGAGACCCGGGCCUCGUCGGGUCCCCCUCCCGUCGCGGCCCAAACAAAAGCCUCUGCCUCGAUCAGGAAGACCGCGAAACUGACGCGUGUGCGCUAGUCUGGGUCGGGCUUUCCUCGAACAGCCAUCCCCGGGGUCCUCUUGGAUGACAAGGCUGCUGAGCAAUUGCGAGCACGCGAGACCAGAGAGAAAACUUAAGAUCGCACACGCCGGCCUGCUGUGUGUGCGCGUCUCCUGCUCCGCCCGCACCUCUCCCGGGGAGGAUUUUAUUCACAAAGGCCCGAGGGUCUUUGCAGGGCCUGUGAAAGGAGAACUGCCACGCAGUGUAGUUGCCUCUAGGUAUGGAGUGGGGUCCUAGCUCCUCACUCAUCGAAUGGAGACAGUCCCGCCUGCACUGCAGUUUCCUAACCACUUUAAACCUCUUUAAAAAAAAAAAAAAUCUCAAUUAGGUUUGAUUCAGGCAACCAGGAUAGGAAAGGGAUCCCCUACAGGGUCAGCCGACUUGGGUGGGAUUUUUGCUAGGGGAGAGGGGAGAAGAUGACGUGCUUGGCGCCAUGAUCGGAAGUCUGGGGUUUAAUUCUUUAACUGCGAGGUGGAAAAUUUGCGUGGGAGGGCGAUCUUAAGAGGUGAAGUCUCCCUCCCUUCUCCUAGUAGGCAGAAAGGUUGUUCUGAAGGCUGGUUUUGCCGGUCUUUCAUUGUGGCUAAGGGCAGUUCCAGGAUACAUUCAUAAACACACUCAUCAAGCCUUACUGUUCGCUUGCUUAUUCAAGCCUCCUUUUAUCUCUUUAUCUGAACGUGAUGUUAAUAAAUCACAUUCCUU